AUGGCGGCGGCGGCGGCGGGUGCCGGCGGCCGGGCCGCGGUGCGGGGGCGGCGGCGGCGGGGCCGGCCCGCGGCCGAGGAGCAGGACGCGGUGGUGCUGUCGGUGGCCGAGUGCCCGGUGUGCCGGCAGGCGCUGGUGGAGGCGGUGACGCCGCCCUGCCGCCACUCGCUCUGCCUCUCCUGCUUCCAGCGCUGCCCGCAGGGCCCGGGCCUCUGCUGCCCGCUGUGCCGCAGCCGCCUCUCCACACGGGCCCGGCGGCACCAGGCCGAGCCCGCGGCCACCGCGGCCGCCGGAGCAGCAGCCGGGGAGCAGCGGCCGCCGGACCAAGAUUUUAUAUUCAGAGCACCCAUUAAAUUAAGCAAAGCGGGAGAACUCCGAGAAGAAUAUGAAAGCCAGCUAAGGAAGCUGAGGGAAGAGAAACUACAAGAAGAAAAGGCAUCUGAGGAUCUGAUUCACAAGUUCAUUCUAGAUGACAUGGACAUAGGGAAAAGAAAAAUGGAAGAACAGCAGAAAAAAGAUGAAUCUGUAGUGCUGAAAGGGAACCAAGACUGUUUUCCUGAACGUCUCUCGGAUUCCGAGAAUGAAGAACCAUUCCAGGGCAAGCAAACGCAUCGGUCAGCUUUUGUUUCCAAGACCAGUGCCUACUCCUUUGCUUUCCUUUCAGGGAAUUUGACCUCCAAGGUGGAGAGGAGUCGGAGCUGCAAUGACACCAUUCAGGAGAGAUCCAAGAGCAGGCAGAGAUCAGCCCCAGCCACCAAAACAAAGGUGCUGCCCGUGACAGGCACGUCCACGCCGCUGCUGGGGGUGCUGUUGUCCUCGCAGAACCACCGCUGCCUGUCCGCCCCGGACCUGACGGCCGAGAAGCGCCUGCUGCUCAGCGCCGUGUCCUCGCUGUCGGCCCUGCACAGGCCCGAGCGCUCCAUCAGCCCCGAGAGCAACGACAGCAUCUCCGAGGAGCUCAACCACUUCAAGCCCAUCGUCUGCUCCCCGUGCACGCCCCCAAAGAGGCUCCCCGACGGCAGAGUCCUGAGCCCCCUCAUCAUCAAAUCCACCCCCAGAAACCUGAACCGCAGCCUGCAGAAGCCAACAACCUACGAGGCCAGUCCUAGAAUACUGAAAAAAUGGGAGCAGAUAUUUCAGGAGCGUCAGAUCAAAAAGACUCUCUCUAAAGCGACCCUUACGUCCUUGGCUUCGGAGCCUGGGGAAGACGUUGCGGUUCCUGACAUCACCAAUUCCAACAGUCACACUAAAGAGCAGCCACAAGUGCAGGAUGAUCACCUCCCACCUGACACAGCAGGAGAGCCUCGCCCUGAGCUGGAUUUCCUCCCUUCCGUCAGUGAAGUGAAGCUGGGGAGAGGGAGUGAGAAGAGCAGAGGUUCGCAGGCCUUAUCCACCAAUGACACUGCUGCUGAACCAGAUGUGAGAUCAAAUGUGACCUCCCUAAACACACGAGUGGCUGAAGUCCCUGACCUAAAAGUGAACAUGUUCAUGGACAAAUCCUGUCUUAGCCUAGGCCCAAAAGUGCUGAACCGGAGACUCAUGGGCGUGAGCGCAUCGCUGCCUGACAACAGCACGCUCGGAGUCCCCAUCAAGGCAUCGGGGAAGAAGCAGCUGAAAUACCUGAACAACAGCGAGCUGAUCAACGUGCAGAACAGCACCUGCAGCUCCGUGGAGAACAUCAUCGGGGAGCAGCCGCCGCUGCUGCGCCGGGGCCGGAAGAGACGCUGCAAAACAAAGCACUUGGAGCACAACGGCUCCGUCAAAAGACUGAGGCACGUGGCAGGGGAGGUGGGGCUGCCUCCCGAGGUUCGGGACGUGGAGCAGAAGCUCCAGCAAGAGGAGGAGGACAGGAGGUUGGCCCUGCACCUGCAGCGGAUUUUCGACAGCGAGAACAGGACAGUGGAUAGGCGGAAAGUCCGCGUGGAUCGGUAUCUGCUGCGGUCCAAGAGCACUCUGGGUGCCAAGUAGCACUGCUGGACGAUGUUGCCUUUCUAGAGGACCAUGAGGUUUAUCAGAUUAUCUUAUAGGAAAACUAUUUUUUGCCCUACUUCCACCCACGCAAUUGUUUUUUCAUUCGGUGGUAAGACAUUUCUAGGUCCAGUUCAGAGAGAAGCCAGCGUCCUUUCAGAUUUGAAAAAAGAAAAGAAAGAGAAUGAGGAAAAAACCCCUGUGGUCUGAAGGAAUUGUCUGUCAUCCCUGUGAAUACACUGCAAGGCCUCCACACGCAGUCAGGCACACCUGGGAUCCCCAGCUAGGAGGGUUGUGAGCGUGGGCUGAGAGGACCAUCCCUUGCCAGGAGAAAGCUCUGUUCAUGGGAAUGUCCGAGAGUCUUCUCUCUGCCUGCCCCCUUUUCUCCCUCAGGCUGCAUCUGGCUGUGGGGUCAGCCUCUUGCCCAUGCUCCAUACUUCUCCUGGGGAGUCCUAAACAGAGCCUCCCCACAGUACUUCCAGUGAAUGUAUUUCACUGUCUGCAGCAGCAGUACAGGUCAUUCAUCACUUUCUUGAAGCAGAAAGCCAAAAGAAGGACCUAAAAUAAGGAUUUUACUUGAUAGGCAUUUGUAAUUUCAUGCUUGUGACAGGGGAGAGAGCUCAAGUGGAGCCACUCGGUGAGCACUGGGACCCAGGGAGCUUUUCUCCCAAUCCGUGUCUUUUCCAAACCCAGAGGGUUUUCUGUUCUUCCCUGUAGUGUUGAAGAAAGGGAAACCUGGCCAGGGAGUUUCUGGAAGUACAUCCUGGCAGCUGCCACGUCCCUUGCUCAGGUAAGAGCUGUCUCAGCACACCUGAGGCUCUCCUUGCCUGUCCCAGAGGAGCAUCCCAAGAGACAUGGCCAGGCAGCCGAUGGGAUGGGAGCCCAGCUGUCCCAAGGGCUGCCCUGCCCCUGCUCCAGCUUCCUGGCUUCAGCUUCAAACCACUAAGAAAGCUCAGGUGAGCGAUGCACUAAAAACUAGCGGGCAUGAAGCUGGGCCUGGAGCAGAGCUGGCUCAGAGCCUGGGCUUGGUGCAGCGUGUGUUCUCUGCCCACAUGGGGCAGGCCUCCCUCUGAGUGUUUCUAACCCUCUUCCAUGGAUUAAUUUCAUGGAUUAUUUCCAGUAACAAAGCUCAAAGAGGACCCUUCCUACCCAGAAUUGGCAGCUGCCUUGCAGAGCAUUCACAGGGACCCUCCAGGCCAUGGGACCUUUGUCUGAGGCAGGGCUUGGGACACUGCCAGUCCUGGCCCCCGUGUCCCAGGUGGCAAGGGUGUUUUUGAGAUGAGCACAGGGCAGGGACAAACUUCCCUGUGGAUCCUGUGAAGGGAGGGCAGCCAGUGCAUGUAGACAGAUCUGAUCUAAGACAACUGCAUUGCCCAAUUUCCUCUGUCUAAAAACGGUUCAAUUUUCUCCCUCCAUCUUAAACAGUCAAAAAGAAAACAGGAACUGGUUUUCUUUUUCACUGCAAGGACCUUGGCAGUUUCUUUUUCCCUAGUUGAACU